UAGCUCCGUGCGGCUCCGGGGCGGGCAGAGACUUCUUAUUGGUCAGUUCUCCGGAAGCUGAGGGAUUCAGAUUCGCGAGCGCUGGGCUGUGACUUCGGAGCCGCUGGGUGCGCGUGCAUGAGCCCGGCGCAGGAUGUUCGUCCUGGUGGAGAUGGUGGACACCGUGCGCAUCCCUCCGUGGCAGUUUGAACGGAAGCUCAACGACUCCAUAGCCGAGGAGCUGAACAAGAAAUUGGCCAACAAGGUCGUGUACAACGUGGGACUCUGCAUCUGUCUGUUUGACAUCACCAAGCUGGAAGAUGCCUAUGUAUUCCCAGGGGACGGAGCAUCACACACCAAAGUCCAUUUCCGAUAUGUGGUGUUUCACCCGUUCCUGGAUGAGAUUCUCAUCGGGAAGAUCAAAGGCUGCAGCCCAGAGGGUGUGCAUGUCUCUUUAGGGUUCUUUGAUGACAUUCUCAUCCCUCCUGAGUCACUGCAGCAGCCUGCCAAGUUUGACGAGACAGAGCAAGUCUGGGUGUGGGAGUACGAGACGGAGGAGGGAGCACAUGACCUGUACAUGGACACUGGCGAGGAAAUCCGCUUCAGGGUAGUGGAUGAGAGCUUUGUGGACACGUCCCCCACUGGACCCAGCUCAGCCGAGGCUGCCUCUUCCAGCGAGGAGCUGCCAAAGAAGGAAGCGCCGUACACGCUUGUGGGAUCAAUCAGUGAGCCAGGCUUGGGCCUUCUAUCUUGGUGGACCAGCAACUAGUCCUGAAUUUAACAGUGACUGCCCAGACCCACGACAGUGGAGCAGUUUGCAAAUUCUGAGGAGUGCUGCCCAGAGCCAGGCUGGGUGGGACCAGCAGUGCGCUCGCUUGUCUUCUCCCUUCCCAGCCCUGGUUCUCUGCCUUCUGGAGUUCCCCUGAAGACCUCCGCACUGGAUCACUUUGGUUUUUUGAGUCUCACGUGUCCAGGCUGGCUUCCUUGCUGUGUAGUAUAGAAUAACCUUGAGUUUCUGAUCCUCCAGCUGCUACCUCUUGUGCUGGGAUUACAGGUGUGCACCCACACACUGAGUUCAUGUGGUACUGAGGAUGGGCUGGAGCCUGGGUUUGUGCACACCUAGCCAGCACUCUCUAAACGUCCUAGCCCAAGGACUGGUUUUUUCUUCAGUGCUGAGAAUGGAACCCAGGGCCUCUUUCAUGUUAGGCAGGUAUUGUACUACUGAGCUAGGCCCAUCCUAUGCCUUGCUGUGAACUUCUGGUUUUCUUAGUGACUGAAGAAACAUUUAAUAAAUAAUGACAGCAGCAGGAAA